AUGUGUUGUUGUGAGUACGUGUGGCACGCGCGUCUGCAUGUGUGUGCGUGUGCAGGUCUGUGGGCGACAACGAGUUGGAGGAGCUGGAGAGGCUGGGCGGCGCGCGGGCGCUGCGCGUGCUGCACGCGCCGCGCAACCGCCUGCGCCGGCCGCCCGCCGCGCCUGGCGCUGCUGCCGCGCCUGCAGGCGCUGAACCUGGCCGGCAACUUGAUCAGCGAGCUCACGAAUAUGUCGUUCCCGCCGCUGCCCGUGCUGCACACGCUGGUGCUGAAGCGGAACCGCAUCGCGUACAUCGACGAGCGCGCCUUCCUCAACACGCCGGCGCUGCGCGUGCUGCGUUUGGAAGAUAAUCUUCUGACAGAACUACCGAUCGCCGUGCAUCGACUACCGCUGCUCGAAGACCUGUCGGUGGCGCGCAACCGCGUGGAGGUGGUGGGCGUGGGGCUGCGCGCGUGCUCGCGGCUCGCGCGGCUUGACCUGCGCGCCAACCCGCUCUCCGAGCUGCACCCUCACGCGCUCAUGCAUCUGUCUCGCCUCACCACGCUGUGA